GUGAAGGCGACUCUCACUCCGGCUACAACUCAGAUGCUUCGUCUUCUGCGAGGCGCAAAGGGAAGGAAAGAGCAGUGGAUGAGAGCGACCCAUGGCGACCUCCUUCGGCUGGCGCACAACGAUUAGCUGCCAAUGAAGCCUACGACCGCCGAGGUGCCCACAGUCCUCAGUCUCUUUCACCAGACCAUUCUCGUUCUCCCGAGAGGACAAAGAGAAGCUCAGUCGGCAUGAAGCCAUCAGCAUCCAGACCUAUUGUCACCCCAGGACGAGCAGCCAGUCUUCGUAGACCUGCUCCUCAGACCCCUAAGAUCAUAGUGGCCUCUGGAGAAACAAAUGCUACCGAUGCCAACAAUCCCUUUAUGACAAGGGGAGAAGUGGCCGCUGCGACUGCUGCUGGUAUCGCGGCUGCGAAGGAGAAUGGUAUCGCAUUGCGACAGGUGAACGGUGUUAUACCUGAAGGUGACGAAGACGAAGAUCCCUACUCUACAGACAAGCCUCCGUCUGAGAGGCGACAUACCUCUGAGACGGUUCGGACAGCCACUUCAAAUCUGACUGCCCGCCCCCGGCCCAAUGGCGAUGCAGAUGCAACUCGCAACACCGAAGAGGAAGAAGAGGCAAGGUCUAAGCGUUUCUCCACCUCUUCCAAAUUCCGCGAGAUUGGAUUAGAUUCAACAGACGAUCUCUCCACGAUCGGUCAACGUCGAGACAGUCGACAUGACGACUAUGGGGACUACGACGUCAGUCGCUCCCUCUCACGACCGUACUCGAUGACUUCCCCAGCCGAUUAUGCAGCUCGUCUCGAGAGGGGAGGUAGGACCAGGAGAGAAGAAGAGCUGGCCGAAGAGGAUCGGCGUAUCAUUCGAGAGGGGAGAGGGAGACAGACCUGGUGGACCGAGUGGCUUUGUGGGUGUGGAAGGGUCAUCGAUGAUGACAAUGAACAGGUGAGUAGGCCAGAUGGGCGAGAGGCUUGUUUUUUUGAGUUCUUUGGAGGAAGUGAGACUGACGGAGCCCGCUCCACACCCUACUUUGCAGACUGGUAAGACGGGCCCGGAGUAAGCGAGCUGGGCUCCCUCUAUGGCCAUCGCACGGGCGCCGAGCUCUCAAUGCCACGGAGAAGUAGUCCUCUUUGUCAUAGCACCUCAACAGAAUUCCCGAACUCUCAAUGC